AUGUCCCCACCUGGAAUGGUGCAGGUGGAGGUACAGAGCCAGACUCAGCCUCAAGCUGUGAGUUCUCUUCACCCUGAGUGGGGCACCUCAUUUUCACAGCCCAUCCCAAACUCACCUCAACCUCUGCAGGCAGAGGAUUCUUACCAAACACACCUGGAGACAGGAUUUCUCCCAGGCUGGACAGAAGCCUUUAAGAUCCAGGAGGUAACAUCUGGAGAAGGCCAGCAGGCCAGAGGAGUCACCUCUCAAGGGAAGACAUGCAAGCCCAAGACUGACAUUGUUUUCCUGAAGGUCCACAAGAGCGCCAGCAGCACGGUCAUGAACAUCCUGUUCCGCUUUGGGGAGAUGCACAACCUCACCUUCGCCUUCCCCCAGGGCGGGGGCUUCCAGCUCUACUACCCCCACCACUUCCUGGCCAAGUUCGUGCAGGGCUUCUCUCCUCUGAGCCCCCGGCGCUUCAACAUCCUCUGCCACCACAUGCGCUUCCUGCAGCCAGAGGUACAGAAAGUGGUGCCCAGCUCCGCCGUCUACUUCUCCAUCCUGAGGAACCCGGUGCAGCUGAUGGAGUCCUCCUUCGUGUACUACAAGGGCGCCUCGGCCUUCUCGCGCGUCCGCAGCCUGGAGGAGUUCCUCAGCCAGCCCUGGCGCUACUACAACCCCACCAGCGGCGACCGCCACUACGCCAGGAACCUCAUGACCUUCGACUUCGGCUUCAACCCCGACGGGGACGUGUCCCCUGAGCGGGUGCAGCUCAUGCUGAAGGCCAUCGAGGCGUCCUUCGACUUCCUGCUCAUCUCCGAGUACUUCGACGAGUCCAUGGUGCUGCUGAAGGAGAUGAUGUGCUGGGACCUGGACAGCGUCGUCUCCUUCCCGCUCAACAGCAGGGACAGCAGCACCAAGUCCCCGCUCCCGGACUCCGUCGUGGAGAAGCUGAAGGCCUGGAACAGGCUGGACUGGGAGAUCUACACGCACUUUAACAGGACCUUCUGGGAAAGGCUCGACCGCCACAUCGGCCGGGAGCGGCUGCGGCGGGAGGUGAGGGCGCUGCGGCAGCGGCAGGCGGAGCUGGCCCGGGCCUGCCUGCAGGGCACGGGCAGCGUGGGCCCCAAGGACAUCAAGGACAGCUCCCUGCGGCCGCUGCAGCACGGCGGGGCCCGGAUCCUGGGCUAUAACCUCAAGCAGGGCUUGCCUCGGGAGCUGGAGCGGACCUGCCGGCGGCUGGUGACGCCGGAGCUGCAGUACAGCAGCCUGCUCUACAAGAAGCAGUUCCCGCCGCCGCCGCCCCCCGAGAGCCCCCGGCCCGCUGCCUCCCCAGCCUCGCCGCAGCGGCCGGAGCCCACCCGAAACUGA